CAGAAGAAGGAAAAUAAAAUAGAGGAGGAAAAGUUAAAGGGACGAUUAGUUGCCCGCCAAAUCGAGGCUUGAGGACGCUGGACCCUUCCUUCACUCACGCUGCCGUCUACCCAUAUAUUUUUUAUCAAUUUAACCAUUUAUAACCCUUUCCGGCGGCACCCAUUGGCGGAAAUAGGGAGGAAGUAGCAGGAAACGAAGGAAAAAAGCCUGGCCAGGAUGCGGCGCUGAGUGUGGGGGCACUGAGGCGCACCACUGACGGCAGCAGCAGUAGUAGCAGCACAACACAAUGGACCGCUCAAAUGGCAUGAUGUCUCGGGGCCGCAGCUCCAGGGGCGGUCGUGGGUCCUACCGGGGAGGCCGGGGCAUGGGGGGUGAUGACCGGGGUGGGUACAAGAGCCGAGGUUCCUAUGAUGGAUCCCGGGGCAGCUACCGGGGUCCUCGUGGGUCUGGGGGGCGGGGCUACAGCAGCCGGGGCAGUGACCGCUCUGACGGCUACGACCGCAGUGGUGGUGGCAGUGGUGGGGGCUACCGUGGAAGUCGGGGCGGUUCUGGGAGCUCAAGGAGUGGGGGUUAUGGGGGGGAGGGGAGCCACAGUGGGUACAGCAGCAAGCAGCGGUCUGGCUACUGGGAGCAGCCACCCCCCUCAGGCUACUCUAGGGACCGGGACCUCCACUCCCCCAGCGGCUACGGCAGCUACACCCAGGACCCCCCAGACUACCCCCAUGCCUAUGACUCAGGCGGCGGCUAUGGCUAUGGGGAGGACAGUGGUGGUGGUGGUGGAGGCGGUGGCGGUGGUGGUGGUGGUGGUGGUGGUGGUGGUGGUGGCGGGGGGUACUCCUCCUAUGACCAGGGUGGGGGCGGCUACCCAUCCUACCCUGUGGAGCGCCCCCCUGCUUACUCUUCCUACCAUGACACCAAGGAUGGGUAUGGGGCGCCCCGGGGUAGUGGCUACAGCCGAGGCUCGGGGCGCGGCUACUCCUCUCCCCGGGGCAGCUUCCAGAGCUCCCCGCGCGGUGGUGGUGGCGGUUACAGCAGGGACCGGGGAGCGCCGGAGGCACCCCCAAGGGAGCGGUACCCCCCCGAGGGAGGCAGCUGGCACCGUGGCGACAAGAUAUAUGACAUGGCCUCCCGUGGUGGUGGUGGCGGUGGUGGCUACAGAGGCAGGGGUGGCUAUGAAGACCGGGGCUCCCGGGGCAGAGGAAUGCGAGGCAGCCGGGGCCGAGGCAGCUAUGACUCCUCUGGCUACGACAGCUCUGGGCGGGGUAGCAGCCGGGCCCCGCGCUCUGCCCCACCUCACCCUCGCAGUGGCUUCCGGGGCAUGCGGGGCGGCUAUGAGCAGCCACGCGGUGGGUUUCGGGGUGGGCGGGGUGGCGGGUUUGGCCGUGACAGCAUGAUGGAGUACACAAAUGACUACUCUCGGGGCAGAGGUGCACCCCGUGGCAGCCGCCCACCGAGGACAAUGAGAAUGCGCGGCGCACCACGGGGAGGCAGACUCAUGCCACGGGGCCGGGGCGGCUACCCCAUGCCCCUUGAUGGAUACCCAUACCAGGACCCCUACCUCAAGCAGGAGCCAGAGAAGGACAAGCGAGUGGUUUAUUUCAACUUCCCCAGUGCCAUCACUGACAAGGGUGCCACUGAUCUUAUGGAAUUUGGAAAGAGUGCCACCCUGAUGCACUUUGGCUGGAAGUGUUGUUUCACGCUGGAGUCUGAAGCUGCAGCGAUCGAGAUGGAGGCCAAACUGCUUGAGAUGGAGUUUAAUGGACAGAAACCCAAUGUGGACACAUCUCAUCGGACGCAAGGGGAGGCUGCCAAGAGGACAAUAAGUAAUGAUGGAGACAAUUCACCCUUAAAGAAGAAAAAGACUGAAGACGCUGGGGAGGAAGACUCAAAGGCCCCAGAGAAGAUGGAGGAGGGAGGCAGUGGUGAGGGUGGUGGGGAGGUGUACAUGGAAGAUGUUGGAGAGAAUUUCGAGGGAGAGGAAGAUGGGAAGGAGUUUUCUGGAAACGGGACAGUGCCAGAAGGACAGGAGCCUUACGAACCUUAUGAGGCAGCAGAGGAGGAGGAGGAGGAGGAGGAGGAAGGGUGAGUGUGGUGGAGGAAAGAGGGUUGAAAUAUGGAGGAUUUGUGGAGUUGUGUUUGACUCCUCCUGUGUGCUUGUUUUUUUUAUUUUUUAUUUUUUUUAUUUAUUUUUUUAUUUAUUUAUUUUUUUAUAUAUAUUUUUUAUUAUGGUUAGUCUCUCUCUCUCUCUCUCUCUCUCUCUCUCUCUCUCUCUCUCUCUCUCUCUCUCUCUCUUUUUUUUUUUUUUUUUUUUUCUUUUUUUCCUAUUUCUCUCUCUUGCUCUGUCUUUCGCUCUCUUAAGGUUUAGAAUGUAAGGUUAAGAUAUAGCUUCUCGUGUCUCGCUGCCUCUGCCGCCGCCGCCGCCGCCGCACACCACUGUACAGUCAGUCCGAGGCUUAGGCAAACGGAAUCUGGUGUGUAAAUUAAAUGUGCCAAUUUUUUCACUCCAUUUUCUCUCUGUCCGCCUUCAUCGUCACUUCACGUCAUGACCCCACAAGACCAUGAAGCCAUGAGUGUACCCCUGACCUGCCCUGCCCUGAUCUGACCUGACCUGGGUGGCUGGCGGGGUCAUCUUGGGUCAUCUUGUCACCCAGGAAUGUGUUUGGGUGUCUUGGUGUUGCGUUUGUGUUUCUUGGUCACAGGGAAGUAUUGAAUUGUGUUGUGUUUUGGUUUGGUUUGGGUUUCAUUUUGUUUGUUUUUUUCAUUGCAAAGAUCUGGUGUGUUUGUUUUGAUGUUUUUGGUGGGUGUUGGCAUUUGGUGAUCUGUUUUGUCUAUUGCUAUAUAUUUUUUUCUUUUGUCUUAUUUCUUUUAUUUUUCUGUGUCUUGUCAUCUGUUUUGUGUUUGUUUAUCUUUUUCUGUCAUGUCUUUAAUUUUUGUUAAUGUCUUGUCAUCAGUUUUGUGUCUAUUUAUCUUGUUGUCUUGUUUUUCAUCAUUUUUAAAGUUUUAUGAUUUUUUGGUCAGUCUUUCUAGUUUCUUUAAUGUUUACAAUGGUUGGUCAUUGGCUUUGUCUACAAUAAUAUGUUUCAUAAUUUUUUGGAUAGUCUUUCUACUUUAUUUAAUUAUUUUUCUAGUUUCAUUUUUUACCAGCAUUUUUUUUUUCUCCUUUUGGUGCAUUAGUUUUUGCCAUCAGUUUCUCUUUUUCAGUGAUUAAUCAGUUUUGCCUGUAUCUUUGUUGUGUCUACUUUAUUUCAAUUUUGUCAGUUUUUUUUUUUUUUUUCUAUUUGUUUUCUUAUGGUACAUUAGUUUUUAUCAUCAGUUUAUCUUUGUUUCCCAGUAAUUAAUCAGCUUCUCUCAUGGUUCAGUGAAUUUAUUGAUUUUUUCUUGUUCUUUUUGGCUCAAUUAGUCUGUUGUGGUGGAGAGAGCUGGGAGAAUCAAGGAGUAAUAAUAACAUACUUCCCAGAAUGUUGUGUGUCUUGAAGGAGGAAAGGAAGGAAGAGGAGAAGCUAAUGUAAUAAUAACAGUCUAUCAUUAUGUGUAUUUGGAAGGAGUUUGAAGGAGAGAGUGGUUAAAAAGUAAUGUAUUCCCACCCACGUCUUAGCCUUCCUUUGUGUUUAUUGAAGGAAAAAGGAAGGAAGAGAAGUUAGUGUAAUAAAAACAUACUUGCUGUGUGUUUAGAAGGAGUCUGAAGGAAAGGGUGGUUAAAAAGUAAUGUAUUCCCACCCACUUUUUAUCUUUCCUUUGUGUUUAUUGAAGGAAAGAAAAAGGAAGGAAGAGAAGUUAAUGUAAUAAUAAUAAUAAUAAUCAACAAUCUAUAAUUAUGUGUGUUUUGAAGGAGUCUGAAGGAAAGAGUGGUUGAAAUUAAUGUAUUUCCACUCACUUAUCUUUCUUUUGUGUCCAUUAAAGGUAAAAAAGGAAGGAAGAGUAGAAGUUAAUGAGUUGGUUUAAUAAUAGAAGGAAAGACUGGAAUAAUUGUUAAUCUCUUCCUCUCCUUAUGUUCAUUGAAGAAAACUUGUUAAUAAUGGUGUAAUAAUAAUAACAACUUAUGUCUUUUGAAAGAGAGAGAAGGAGUAGAAUGUAAUUUGGAAAGACUGGGAUAAAUGUUACUGAUAUCUCUUCCUCUUCUCAUCAUGUGUUUAUUGAGAAAAAAAAAAAAAAAAAAGUAAAAAUAAACUUGUGAAUAAUGUAAUAAUAAUAACAACUAUGACUUAGUGUCUAUUGAAAGAGAGAAGGAAGAGUAGAAUGUAAUAAUGGAAAGACUGGGAUAAUGUUACUAAUAUCUCUUACUCUCCUUAUGAUGUGUUUAUUGAAGAAAAAGACUUGUGAAUAAUGAUGUAAUAAUAAUGAUAACAACUUUACCUAAUGUCUGUUGAAGGAGAGAAGGAAGAGUAGAAUGUAAUAAUGGAAAGACUGGGAUAAUGUUAAUAAUAUCUCUUCCUCUCCUUGUCAUGUGUUUCUUGAAGAAAAUUACUUGUGGAUAAUGAUGUAAUAAUAGUAACAAUUUUACUUUGUGUUUAUUGAAAGAGGAAGAGUAGAAUGUAAUACCAAAAGGAAGGAAUGUUAUUAUCUCUUCCUCUCCUUAUGAUGUGUUUAUUGAAGAAAAUACUAAUGAUAAUGUAAAAAUAAUAACAAUUUUGUGUCUACUGAAAGAGAGAAAAGGAAAGGAAGAGUAGAAGUGUAUUAAUAACAUAAUUCUCUUGUUGUUAAUUGACAGAAAGACAGAGAGAAAUGUAAUAAUCUUAAUCUUUCCCUUGAAAGAAAAGGAAAGAAAGGAUGUAAUAAUAGCCUAUCUUUCAUUAAUGCUUAUUGAAAGAAAGAAGGAAAGAAAGGAUGUAAUAAUAGCCUAUCUUUCCUUAGUGCUUAUUGAGAGAAAGAAGGAAGUAAAAGAUGUAAUAAUAAUCUUAAUAUUUCCUUGGUGUUUAUUGAAAUGAAAAACGGAAGAGUAGAAUGUAAUAAUAAAAUAUUCAUCAGUAAGAAGGAAAGAAAUGUAAUAAUAUCUUUUUCAUCUUUCCAUAGUGUUUAUUGAAAGGAGAAAAGGAAAACAGUGGUUGAAAUGUACUAAAAUAAAAGCCACUAUUUCCACUAAAAAACUAAUAAUAGCUACCAGUAUUGUGAGGAAAGUGGUUUCAAUCAAUGUAACAAAAACCACUUAGUCAGUUGUUGAUGUUAAUGUACUAAAUAACUACAGCCUUUCCUUAUCUUGUCUUUAUUGAAGGAAAAAUGUAGUAGUUGAAAUUGAUGUACUAAAAUAACUACUUCCUCUAAUGACUUAGUGUUUAUUGAAGGAAAAAUGAAGUAGAUGGAAUUUAUGUAUUGAAAUACCACCUCCUUUAAUUACUUUGUAUUUAUUGAAGGAAAGAUGAAUUAGAAAAUAAUGUACUAAAAUAACUACUUCCUAUAAUGACUUAGUGUUUAUUGAAGGAAAAGUAAACUAGAUGAAAUUAAUGUACUAAAAUAACCUCCUUCUACAAUUUAGUGUUUAUUGAAGGAGAAAUGAACUAGACUGAAUUAAUGUACUAAAAUACCACCUCUUAUAAUGAAUUAGUGUUUAUUGAAGGAAGAAUGAGCUAGAUGAAAUUAAUGUACUAAAAUAACUACUUAUGAUAAUUUGGUGUACAUUGAAGGAAAAAUGAACUAGCUCAAAUUAAUGUACUAAAAGAAGCAGCCAUACAUUAUAAGUCUCAUUAAUAUUCAUGCUUUAGUACCUCCACACCCUCAUCUGUCUAUUUAUAUACUUUUUAUCAUCAUUUCUCUGCAUUUUUAAGUCACAAAGGCAAGUGAUAACUAGAAUAGUCUCCCAUAUUCUGAAACAUUUACUCUCCGCUCCACUCUUUCACUGUUUUCAAAAAGCUCUCGUGGAAGUGACACAAGUUUCUAAGGAUGUUUCUGUGAUUCUAGUGACAUAUUAACAAGUUUCCUGCAUUACCAAUGGGACAAAUACUCUUUUUAAAGGCUCUAGUUGAAAUUAUGGUUUUUUAAGGGUGCUUUUGUGAUUCUAAUGACAUGUUAACAAGUUUCCUGCAUUACCAACAGGCUCUAGUUGAAAUGACAGGUUUUUAAGAGUGUUUCUCUAAUUCUAGUAACAUGUUGAUAAAUUUCCUGCAUUACCAACAAGACAAAUUAUCUUUUUAAAGGCUCUAGUUGAAGUGACAUGGGUUUUUAAGAAUGUUUCUAUAAUUUUAAUGACAUGUUAACAAGUCUUGCAUUACCAACAGGUCAAAUACUCUUUAGAAUCAGCUAAUGGUCUCUGUGGUCUUUGAAAAGGGUCAUGGUGAGAGAGGGAAGUGUUUCUGAGUAUGAUGCAGUGUCUCAAGAUGGUGGAGGCUUAAACACACACAAAAACUGAUAGAAACUGAUUCAUAUUUGUGUUUCAGUAUUUCCACAGCCUCAUCUACUUAAUAGUGUUCCUAUUUCCCUCAAAGUUAAAAAGAUAAUGUUGGAUUUAUUUUAGUUAAUGGUGGAGAUUCAAACACUGUGCAUAUUUAGUAUCAUCACCACCUCAUCUAUUUAUAUCGAUAUAUGUUCUUUCCCUAAUGUUUCAAAGUCUAUAUUUUUUUUUCCCUCUACUUUCUAUGCCUUCUACAACUUCUAUGUAUGUCUUUACCCAUUUUUUCUUUAUUGUUUCAAAGUCUAUAUCAGUUUGUUUUCUUUAUCAGUCAUUUCAUUCACAAAAAAGUGGGUAGGUAAUAUUUUCCAUUUUGCAAAUUUUCACACCCUUCCCUUAAUAUUUAAGUCUGCAUUUUUUUUUUUUUUUUUUCUGUCUUGCUCAGUCAUUUCAGUAACAGAAAACUGCCUAAUAUUUCUUCUUUUGUUAAUAGUAAAGACUAAUGAUUAUCUGCACCCCUUGUAACAUUUCAAAAUAUUUUUUUUUUCCUAAUUUCAUCCAUUUCAUUAACAAAAACCUAACAAAUUAUGUAGUGUUUCUUUGUGGCAGAGACCAAGAUUUGUCUAAGAACUUUCAUUUUCUAUCAAAACUACCCAGGACCUUCAUGUUCUCUCUAGAUAUUACCCAAAACCUCCUAUUAUUUAUCUAAAUGUUAUCCAGAACCUCAUUUUUCCUCCAAAUAUUACCCAGAACAUUAAUUUUUCCUCUAAACAUUAUCCAGAAUGUUCAUUUUCCCUCUAAACAUUACCUAGAACCUUCAAUCCCUCUAAACAUUACCCUGAACCUUCAUUUUUCCUGUACACAUUACCUAGAACCUUCAUUUCCUAUCUAAACAUCACACAUUGUCUUCAGUUUGUCCUUCCCUUUCUGUGACGGCAGCUAUUAACAUCCCAGCUGGCAGUAUUGGUGUGUGUCUGUAUGUAUGUAUGUAUGUGUGUCCAAGUGAGUGAGUGAGUGUGUGUCAGGAAAUGUUGGAAAUAACAAGGGGGAGUGUCCACAUCCUCCCUUAGCCUCAUCAGUAUCAUAUUAAUUAAAUGCAGUAGAUUAAUGACAUUGUGUCCUGGAUUGUAUAUAUAAAGGAUGCUUGAUAAUAGAGUAGUUGAUAAUAUUAUGAGGAUGUUCCCUUGUUAAUGUGUGUUAUUCUCUCUCUCUCUCUCUCUCUCUCUCUCUCUCUCUCUCUCUCUCUCUCUCUCUCUCUCUCUCUCUCUCUCUCUCUCUCUCUCUCUCUCUCUCUCUCAGGAACACCUCUAGUCAUUAGUGUGUGAGAUUAAAAAGAAAAGGACAGUUUUAUCAGCUUAACAAAAAAUAAUGAUAAAAAAAUGUAAUAAUGAUAAACUAUAAACCUGAGCUGAUAAUAAUAAUAAUAAUGAUAAUAAUAAUAAUAAUAAUGAUAAUGAUGUAAGAUUAUAAUAGUGAAAUAAAACAAGCCUCUAGUGUUGUAGUAAUGAACACAGAGGAAUAAUAAUAAUAAUGAUAAUAUGACUUGUAUAAGGAAUUACUAGUACUACUACUACUACUACUACUACUACAAUAAUGUAAGCUUAUAAUAAAGUUGGUCUAAGUA